UAGGAAGUUGGCAGAAACUCAUUCUUAUCUGAGUUUAUUGUGUUGCUGGGUCUAAUUUGUGAAAGUAGUGGCUGUUAUUGUUUCCAAAGAGGGUAAUUUCCAUUCCUAGAGUCAGGAUCAGGAACAUGAAGCUGGAGAUACCUGAAACCUUUGAAGAUGUUGCUGUCGAUUUUUCAAGGGAAGAAUGGAAGAUUCUGAGUGCUCAGGAAAAAGAACUGUAUAAGGACGUGAUGUCACAGAACUAUGAGCACAUGGUGUCAGUAGGAUACAGCAUUCCAAAGGAGGAGCUGCUGUUACUAUUUGAAAAGCACGAGGCACCUGUACCUGAGUCACUGGAAGGAGCGACACUGCCUCAGAAGAGCAUUUGUAAUGGUUCCCGCAGCAUCUGCAGGGUCACACACUGCUGCAAGAGUCCAUGUCAGAUGAUAGAGCAUUGGAAUUCUGAAUGCACCGACUGCUUUUCCUGUCAGACAUAUUCUGUAAGGCACAAAUUAAGCCAUACUAGGAAUAAAUAUGUUAAACGCAUGGAAUAUGAUGCACUAUGUAGUAAUAAGACCGAGCUAAAAGUACAUCUGAAAACUCAUGAACUGGAGAAACAAUCCAUAUUUGGUGACUUUAAAAAGAGACUCGCAUGUCCUGGCAGCUUUGCAGCAUACCAUGAAACUCAUACCAAGGAGAAGCCUACAAGUAAGUGCCACACUCACAACCUUAUUAACAGUUCCAUAAAAUCUGAAGAAAUUGAAGACUGUGAUGAAAAGAAAGUUAGUUUGGCAAUACACCAAAAAGACUGUAAAUCUGAAUUACCUGACAUGUGCUUUACAGAGAAGACUAACCUUGCUGCCUGUGAGAAAAUGCAAACAAAGAAAACCUCACUUGCAACUCCAUUAUGUUGUGAGACUGCUGUACGGAAUGGCCCUUCAGGGGGCCAUGAAAAUCUCCUAGCAGAAAAUAAACCCACUGAUUGUGAAGCAUAUAACAAGAGUUUCAUACACAAGACUGACACAUCCAGUGAGCAAACACAAACUGUAGAAAACACAUAUCAGUGUGGUGACAGUUUAAAAAAUAGUCACUUCCAUGUACACCACAAGAAAUCUCACACUGAAAAGAAGCAAUAUAAAGGUGUAAGACUUGAUGUCAAGUCAUAUAAAUGUACAGCCUGUGAGAAGAACUUUGUGAACAAUGCCCAACUCUCAAGUCACAUGAAAAGCCACACUAGUGACAGGCCAUAUAAAUGUGCAAUAUGUGGCAAAAGUUUUAAGUGGAAGAAAUACCUCCGAUACCAUGAGGAAAGUCACUCUGGUGACAGGUCAUAUAAAUGUGUGACAUGUGACAAGAGUUUUAUAUGGAAGCAAAGCCUCAGAUCUCAUGAGAGAACCCACAGAAGAGAGAAACAGUUUAAAUGCACUGAAUGUGACAGAACUUUUAUGUGGAAGUGUCUACUCACAUACCAUGAGAGAACGCACACUGGUGAUAGGCCAUAUAAAUGUGGAAAAUGUGACAAGAGUUUUGUAUGGAAGAGCCGCCUUGCAAACCACGAGAGAACCCAUGGUAUUACAUUACAGGAAAGCCCCAUCUCACUUAAGAAAUCUGACACUCUGGUGAAACGACACAAAUGUGGUACCUGUGAUAAGAUGUUUAUAAGGAAAAGCCACCUCACAUACCAUGAAAAAACCCACACUGAUGAUCGGCCAUAUAAAUGUGCCACAUGUGGUAAGGGUUUUAUAUGGAAGAGUCAAUGUGCAAAUCAUGAGAGGAGACACACUGGUGAUUUCCCAAGGCAAAAGAGCCACAUAUCCCAUAAGAGAACUGACACUGUGGAGAAGCGGUAUAAAUGUGCUACAUGUAAUAAGAGUUUUGUAUGGAAGAGCCAUCUAUCAUACCAUGAGAGGACCCACACUGGUGACAGGCCAUACAAAUGUACAAAAUGUGACAAAUGUUUUACGUGGAAGAAAAGUCUUGUAUUCCAUGUAAGGAGCCACAGCGGUGAUUUUACAUGGCGGAAAAGCCUCCUAGCCCGUAAGAAAACUGACAUUGAGGAAAAGCGAUAUAAAUGUGCUACCUGCAAUAAGAAAUUUACAUGGAAGUGCCAACUGACAUGCCACGAGAGGAUCCACAGUGGAGAUAGACCAUAUAAAUGUGCCACGUGUGGCAAGAGUUUUAUAGUAAAAGGGGCGCUGACUAACCAUAAGAAAACCCAUGCUAAGGAGAAGCAGCAUAAAUGCGCUACAUGUGAAAAGAGUUUUGUGUGGAAGAGCCAACUUGCAUACCAUGAAAGGACCCACACUGGUGACAGGCCAUAUAAAUGUACAUCAUGUGACAAAAGGUUUCCAUUGAAAAGCAGCCUCACAACCCAUGAAAAAAGUCACCUUGGCAAACAUAAGAGACUAAAGCAAUUCUAGCUUUAUGAACUUUAAUUGUACCAUAACUUAGGAGUGGAGGCCCUUCCUGUUGUAUUAGAAACCCUAAACACUUGUAGAAAUUAAAAUUGGAGAAGCCAUAUAAAUGUCCAGUGGGUGACUUUGUAAUGGCACUAAAGCUUCACAUACCAUGAGAAAACUCUGAGGGAGAAAAAGAAGAAAAACGGACAAAAACAGCAUUAAUUACUGAAAUAACUAAAGCUAAUGACUUCAGUAUCUUCUACUGUGGGACAUAAAGUUAUAAAAUAUCAGGAUGUGAAAGCAGUACCUAAAGGACACUGAUAGUCCCGUUAGUAGUAGGUAUAACUGGGAUGAAAAGUGAUUUCUAAGCAUAUUUACAUACGUUACAGGUAAUGUCAUAUGAAUUAUAGUGAGAAGCAUUUCAGGAUGCAUUGUAGGUUCUGAUAAUAUUAUGACUUGUAAACAUCAAAGACUGAAGUAUUGUAAGAUUCAUGAACUUUAAUUAUGUCUUGGCUUAGGAAGGGAGUCCAUUCCUAUCAUAUUAAAACUCCAAACAUUUAACAAAGUUAAGGCAAAACCAUGUAAAUGUGCUGUAAGAUAUUUAUGCUUAACAGAAAUCUUUCAUACUGUAAAAAAGUUAUUGCUGGUUGUGAUAUAGUUAUGACUUAGGCACAGUCUACUGAAGGAUACAAUAAUGCUGGAAGAUUGUUACAAUGGAGACUGUGCUUUGCAAACAUGAACUGCAAAGAACAGGAAAAAAACUCAAGGAAUUAAUGAUCACAUGGUACACUAUCCAAGAGAGUCAAAGUAGUGGCAAGUAGACCAGGUGUUAUAACUGAACUAAAAAUGGCAAAAUACCAUUAAUUAUUGAAAGAACUACACACACUGGCUACAUUCUCCAGCUUACUGAGAGACAUAACAUCAUAAAAUAUCAGGAGAUACUACCAUGAAAUAGUGUAGCGUGUAACAAGAACACUCAGCUCAGUAAUAAAAGGUGUGAAAGAACUAAUGAAAAGAAUGUACAAGUGUGCAUAAAUAUGUUACCAGUACAGGUAACCCCAUACAGAAAGAGGCAAUUCUGGGUAUACUGUAGGUGCUGAAAAGAGCACUCCUGGCAAACAUCAGGGUCUGAAACAAUACUGCUUUCAUGAUCUUUAAUUAUGCCCUGACUUAGGAAUGUGAUCCAUUUACUGUAAAGGUACAGUAUGUGAAAAAAAUAAAUAUUUGGAGAAAUUAAA